GGCUGUAAACGUUGAGCGAACGUUGAGUUAAUACUUAAUACUAAUACUGCACAGCUUCCCCAGACUAACUUCCACAAUUAGCCUUUGGAAUAAAACGUACAAAACCGAAAAACACCCCAAACUGUAAACCUUGUAAAUUGCAUUGUUCAACCUGCAAAAGGCGAUGCUCAACCUGCGAAUGCCGCCCAAAGGCGGUUGCACAAAAAAAUUGUUUUCGGGUGAAUUUGAGGAAAAGAAACGAGGGAUCGGGUCUUUUUUUUUCCAGAAUUUUUUACUUGAUUUCGUGGCUGCUAAAAUUUAUGGGCAAAUAACAAGGCCUUCCCCAACCGAUGAUCAUCCAAUUUUGAAUAUUCGGGGGAUUCACCUUUGAAUUACUUCCACUGGGUAUUGGGUGGGAAUUGCCGGAGGGUAUUGGUUUGGGUAUUGGUUUGGGUAUUGGUUUGGGUGGAUUGGUUUUGCGAUAGUUUAGUAUUCAGGUCGAUUAUCAGUUGGUUCUCAUCUCAAGGCAUUUAACCUGAACCACAAAAAAGAAAUCCGGAUGGUCCCUUUCACCUUUUGUGAAUAGAAAGUUCGGAUCUAUUACCAGAAGUUGAAUAUCGGACCUUUUCUUACUUUUCUUUUUAUGUACAAUAAAUUUUUUUAAUCUGGUUUACUCGAUAAGAUUAUCGGAACCCAAAGCGUGUCAAUGUACAACGGAGUAAUUUGGUAUAGUAGGAAAGGUUCGCCUGGAAAGCUUUCCCUAUUAAGCCAGAUAGCUGGGUUUUUUCUAGACCUAACUGGGUUUUUUUCUUUUUUGUUGCAAAUAAAAAAAUUUUAACCCAC